CAACAAGUGUGUCUAUCAUGUGUAAUGCCUAUCAUCAGAUAAAAUUAUUCAUUCAUUUUCUUAACAAAGAUUAUUUCUCAUAAAGUAUCAAGUUGCAUUUAAUGAUAUAAUAUUUAAUAAUAAUAAUAAUAAUUCAGAGAUGCUUAUAAAAAAUUUGAACUUCUAAACGUCUUAAGUUUCAAUUUUAAUGCUGUCUAGCAUUACUGUGUUCUGCAAUAGCAAAUAUUGUAGGAAACUGCAAUAUUUGUCUAUUUUGAAUCAAAAUCAUUAUUGUUUUUGGAAAUUUAUUUCACGUGAUAUUUAAAUAUCCGGAGCAUGGAAUCAAAAAUUUUUUUGACUGAAACAUAAUUUUCACUAUUUAAAUAUAUUAUUCUAAUCAAAGAAAUACAAUGAUGUAAUGAACAAAAAAUAAUAUUUCAAAUAUAGUCGCAGAAUACACUUACUUUUAGAGAUAUUCCGCUAAUUGUAAGUUAUAAACUUGGUUUGCGUCUUGCUUACACUGCUGUUACUAGAUUUCUUUUAAAAAAUUUAACGUUAACUCUUUUAUAACGUUCAGUAGAAUGGCUUUCUGUUUCUUACUGUACAGACAGAUAGGGGGAAAAUCGCAAAGAAAUCUUGCGCGUAACCUCUCCAGAAGUUUUUAUACGUACAAGAUAGACUUUAGUUAUCAUUUCUCCGGCGCGCAGGCGCAAGUGAAUUAUUAAUUACCUUUGUUUGCAACGACGGACACACGCUGCAAACAGAUUGUGUUUUAUCUUUAUAUCGCACAUUGCAGAUGUAUUUCCAGGCUACGCGAUAUCGUAGUAUGAACAGUAAGAAAUCCAUAUAAAAAAUUGUAGAAUCAAUCCACCUCUCAAAAUGUUUGCCAACAAAAAUUAUGAACGCGACAUAGAGAACGUUUUUGUAUUGAAUCGCUUCUUCUCUCGCAUGAUAGGCAUAUGGCCAUUCGUACACGCAAAUUCCCUUCUUCCGGAGCUGUUGGAGACGAUCACCGUAGUCCUCACGUGUUUCGUGUUUAUCAUCUGUGAACUAAUUCCAAUGUUGCUCUAUAUGUUCAUGGUGCUGACGGACAUUUCUAAAAGACUAAAAUUCAUGGGCAGCGUGGUAUUCACGGUAGUGCAAAUCAUCAAGUACGUUUACAUGCUGCUUUACAGAAGUCAUGUGCGAAAUUGUCUAAUGCUGGUCGACGCGGACUGGCGAAACGUCGUCAAUCCGAGCGAUCGAAUCUCGAUGAUCGACAGAAUCAGAAUUGGUAAACGUUUGAUUGUGAUGUGCGCCGUAUUCGUAUAUCUGACUGGCGUAGCUCUUCGAAUGGCCAUACCGUUAUCAAUGGGGAAAAUUGUUACACCACAAAAUAUCACAAUCAGACCACUGUCAGGCCCGGCAUAUCUGAUUAUACUUGACGUGCAGCGUAGUCCAGUUUACGAAAUUGUAUAUUUUAUACAAUUUCUAUCGGGCUUUAUUAAAUAUACGAUUACGGUAGCAACCUUUAGUUUCGUGACUCUUUGCGCAAUGCAUUUUUGCGCACAGGCGGAUAUACUUAUGACAUUAAUGAACGAUUUCAUAAACGAGAAUCGACCGGAAUAUUUGAACAGAAGGUUGGCUACUGUCGUGGAGCGUCAAAUCAAAAUAAGAAAUUUCUUACAAUUGGUGCAAAACAUCACUCAGUAUCCAAGUUUGGCAGAAGUUCUGGGAUCUUCUGCCAUGUUAUGCUUCGCAGGAUAUCACAUUAUCAUGGGAUGGGAAAAUCAUAAUAUCGUUGUUCUAUGCUCAUAUAUUCUUGCACUAAUAAUGUUAAUGUUCAACAUAUUUAUUUACUGUUAUAUGGGCGAGCAAGUCAUUGAACAGGGAGAAAAAAUAGCAUUAACGACAUGCACCUUGGAUUGGCACCGUCUUCCGAAUACGAAAGCACGAGCAUUAAUUUUACUUAUAACCAUUUCCGAAAUUCCAUUAAAACUUAAAGCAGGAAAUUUCAUCGAGCUUUCCCUCAGAACAUUUGGCAAUAUUACCAAGAUGGCCGUAACAUAUUUAAAUCUUAUUCGAUCAAAGGGUUUUAGCUACGACAUGACUCUUCUCGGAUACGCAGGCGCAAGUGAAUUAUUAAUUACCUUUGUUCGCAACGACGGACACAAGCUGCGAACAGAUUGUGUUUUGUCUUUAUAUCGCACAUUACAGAAGUAUUUCCAUGCUACAUGGUAUCGUUAUGAACUGAAAGAAAUCCGUAUAAAAAACUGUAGAACAAAUUUACCUCUCGAGAUGUUUGCAAACAAGUAUUACGAACGCGACAUAAAGAAUGCUUUUGCGUUGAAUCGCUUCUUCUUUCGCGUGAUAGGCAUAUGGCCAUUCGCGUACGCAAAUUCCCUUCUUCCGGAACUGUUCGAGACGAUCGCCUUAGUACUCGCGUGUUUCGUGUUUCUCAUUUGUGAAUUAAUUCCAAUGUUGCUCUAUGUGUUUAUGGUGCUGACGGACGUUCGGAUAAGGUUGAAAUUCACGGGCAGCUUGAUAUUCACGGCAGUGCAAAUCAUCAAGUACGUUUACAUGCUGCUUUACAGAAGUCAUGUGCGAAAUUGUCUAAUGCUGGUCGACGCGGACUGGCGAAACGUCGUCAAUCCGAGCGAUUACAUCUCAAUGAUCGACAGAGUCAAAAUUGGUAAACGUCUGAUUGUGAUGUGUGCCGUAUUCGUCUACCUGAACGGCGUGGCUCUACGAAUGGUCAUACCAUUAUCAAUGGGGAAAAUUGUUACACCACAAAAUAUCACAAUCAGACCACUGCCCUCCGCAGCAUAUCUGAUUAUACUUGAUGUGCAGCGUAGUCCAGUUUACGAAAUUCUAUAUUUCAUACAGUUUUUGGCGGGCUUUAUUAAGUAUACAAUUAUCGUGGCAUGUUUUGGUUUCGUGACUCUUUGCGCGAUGCACUUUUGUGCGCAAGCGGACAUACUUGUAACAUUAAUGAAUGAUUUCGUGAACGAGAAUCGACCAGAAAACUUGAACAAGAGAUUGGCUACUGUCGUGGAGCAUCAAAUCAGAAUAAGAAAUUUCUUACAAUUGGUGCAAAGCAUCGCUCAGUACCCAAGUUUAGUAGAAGUCGUGGGAUCUUCCGUAAUGUUAUGCUUCGCAGGAUAUUACAUUAUCAUGGGAUGGGAAGAUCAUAAUAUUAUUAUUCUGUGCUCAUAUAUUCUUUCACUAAUAAUGUUAAUGUUCAAUAUAUUUAUUUACUGUUACAUGGGCGAGCAAAUCGUUGAACAGGGAGAAAAAAUAGCAUUAACGACAUGCACCUUAGAUUGGCACCGUCUUCCGAAUACGAAAGCACGAGCAUUAAUUUUACUUAUAACCAUUUCCGAAAAUCCAUUAAAGCUUAAAGCAGGAAAUUUCAUCGAUCUUUCCCUUAAAACAUUUGGCAAUAUUACCAAGAUGGCCGUAACAUAUUUAAAUCUUCUUCGAUCAGUUUAAUAAAUUUUAAUAAUUAAUCAUAAAUAGAUCAUAGAGUAAAA